AUUCUAAGUAGUUCUACAAUAUUAUAAUAUUACAGAAUUUACAUUAGAUUGUAAAUAUUUGAAUACAAAUUACUAAGUAGUGACAAUAUUUCUAUAGUAGAUUUUAUUUUGUAUUUUAUAAAAUAAAAAUAUAUAGUGUAUCGAAAAAACUUAAAUGAAACAUACAAUAUUUUAUCCCAAAUUUUGGAAAUACAUAAGUUUAGUAAUAGUAGGAUCCAGUUCAGGAUGGGUGUACUACCAAAUAAAAAAGACAAGAGAAAUUUUGGAAAACACUGUGGAUACCUCGGUUUUAUAUAUGAAAAAUAUACAAAGCGAAGAAGAAAACAAACAUGAAGAAUUCAUAAAUUUGCAUCAAUCAAGUUUUGAAAAAUACAAUAUUUUCAAAAAUACGUUAGAUUCAUUGAGAUUUUCGUACGCUAGAAGGUUGGUGCAAUUAGCCAACAACGAAAACAAUACGGAUUACAGGAUAAAAGCCGUAAGGCAUCUAAUAAAAAUAAGACAUCUGGACAGUUGGCACUUCUCUCUUUUAGCAAAUAUGAUUGACGCUAAAACGGCUAUAGGAUUAGCCAGAUCAGGGGAUGCUGAUAAGAGGUUAUUCAUGGAACCCCCUUUAAGAUACCAUAAUUAUAAUAGGGACAUGUUAAUAAACGCUAUGAGAGACUUUUUAAUCCAGUUGUAUGAAAAAUCGAAUCAUCCCUGUUUGGGAUAUUUCCUAUCUGAAGUUUUCGUAUACGAACACUAUAUGGAUUAUAUCGAACAAAAGAAUAAUGUCCAUAUCGUGGACAACGAUUCUUCGGCUUUAGAAUUGAGUAAAUUUAUUCAAUCUGAAAGUGACAUAUUGCCUAAAUGUUUGGAAUCGUUGGUUCAUCAUUGUUGUAUCGAAAAAUAUACCAAACACAUUAUAGAACAAAAUGGUUUGCCAUUAUUAAUGGAAAUAUAUCAAAGAUAUAAAAAUAAUACUGAUAUUAUCAUAAAAAUAUGUCAAAUUUUGUCGUAUAUGUCGGUGGAUAGGAGUGUAUUGGAUUCUCUUCAUAAAUCAGGAUGGAUUGGAAUUUUAUCGGAAUGGAUGCACCAUUCGGACGUCAGAAUCGCAAUACCGGCGGCGCAAGCUUUAUUCAAUUUAGACUCUGAUAACGAUGUAGUUUUUUCGAAAAGAUUGUAUCUUUUACACCCCGUAACUCGAACCGCGAAAGAUCAAGAUAUGGACGUUGUUUUUGUACACGGUUUACUAGGGGGUGUCUUUUAUACUUGGCGACAGAGGCUAGAUCAAGAUUUACAUGUUUCGAUUUUGAAUAAUCAACGAAAAAUGGCACCUUACAAAACGGACGAGAAAAAUGACAGUGUUUGUAAGAAAUCGAUAAUAGAAAGAUUAUCUUCUAUAACCAUAUUGAAUGAUCUGAAAAGUCAUAUAGAAAACAAACCGGACGAAAACGACUACGAACUAGUGUGGGACGAUAUCCCCACAAAUACUAACGACUGCGCUUCUGGGCCCUAUUCGGUUUCAACUAAAGAUUACGACGUUAAAGAAGACAAAGUUUGUAAAUUAUACACACAUUGUUGGCCCAGAGAUUGGCUACCGGAAGAUAUACAAAAUCUAAGAAUAAUAGGUGUUAACUACAAUACCACCCUCUCGAUGUGGACAGCCAUUUGUCCAUCGGCAAAGGGUAAAUUAACAUUAGACGAACGUAGCUUGGAUCUAAUGACAAAACUAGUACAAGCCGGUUUAGGUACGAAACCCAUCGUUUGGGUCACCCAUUCCAUGGGGGGACUGAUAGUUAAAAAUAUUUUAUGCAAAAGUUUCGAAAGUCAAAUGCCAGCUAUCCGAAACCUAUGUUUGAAUACAAAAGGGGUUAUUUUUUAUAGCACCCCUCACAACGGCUCUAGACUAGCUAAUUUGAAUCAGGCUACUGCCUUGUUGCUCUGGCCUUCGGUGGAAGUGCAGGAAUUAAGGGAACAUUCGCCGCAACUUAAAAAAAUCCAUAAGAGAUUCCUCGAUAUCGUUUCUUCGAUUCCAAUGAAAAUCGUGACUUUCGUUGAGACUAAAGCUACGGUGGUUACUGCGAUGAGGUUUAAUUUUUUGCUUGUGCAACCGGAUUCGGGGUAUCCGGGUGUCGGGGAGUAUUUCGAGAUACCACAGGAUCAUUUGGGUAUUUGUAAACCGUUAACCAAAUAUUCUUUUUUGUAUCAAAAAGUUGUUCAUACAUUACGACAAAUAUUGGAGGAGAAUUCCCUAAAUAGUUCUCCAACAUCAGAACAAGAAGAUCGACGUAUAAUUAAUAACCAAAAAGAUUGUACUUGUGAUAUUGAAGAAUAAAAAGUUUAAAUUUA